UGCGAGGCGCCUCCCAACAGCCUGCUCGCUCCACUCGUCUGUUCUCCGGAGGCUCCGUGCAGCAGCCGCGGCUCUUCGGCUGGCCUCUCGCCGUCCGUCCCGUUCUGUGCUUGGACGCAUCAUGCCACUUCUGGGUCACCGGCCCCCCCGCCGUGGCUACCAAGGGAGCGCUGGAGCCGGUUACACUUAGGAGAGGAAGAAUGAGGGGAAACACAGUGGCAGAUUGUUGAGGGGUGCCAGCUGGAAAAAGAGGAAGAACCCAAGAAUAAAACCUCGUCCAAAUCGGAAGAACAGGAAAGGAUAAUCUGAAAGAAAGAGAAAGAUGAUUGUGCCUUCCAUGUAAAAACUUAAAUUGUGAACCAAGCUUUCCGCCUCAGCUAAAGCUCCACAAAGCAGAAAAGCAAUAUGAAUGUUUGCAGUGUGGAAAGAACUUCAGCAUGAGUGGACAACAGUUUAAAAACCCUGGCAGACACAUUGGGGAGAAACGACAUAAAUGCUUAGAGUGCGGGAAAAGCUUCAGCAGAAGAGAACAUCUUACUAUACACCAUAGAACCCACACUGGGGAGAAACCAUAUGAAUGCUUGGAGUGUGGAAAGAGCUUCAAUGAGAGUGGACAUCUUACUAUACACUAUAGAACCCACACAGGGGAGAAACCAUAUAAAUGCUUGGAAUGUGGGAAAAGCUUCUGCCAGAGUGGACAGCUUAUUAGUCACCAUAGAACCCACACAGGGGAGAAACCAUAUGAAUGCUUGGAGUGUGGAAAGAGCUUCAGCACAAGGAGAGAUCUUACCACACACCACACAAACCACACUGGGGAGAAACCACAUAAAUGCUUGGAGUGUGGAAAAAGCUUCAGCACAAGUGGAGCUCUUACUUUACACCAUAAAACGCACACUGGGGAGAAACCACAUAAAUGCUUGGAGUGUGGAAAGAGCUUCAUCAGGAUUGGAGAGCUUACUAGACACCACAGAACCCACACUGGGGAGAAACCAUAUGAAUGUUUAGAGUGUGGAAGGAGCUUCAGCACAAGUGGAGAACGUACAAGACAUCAUAGAAGCCAUGCUAGAGAGAAACCACAUGAAUGCUUGGAGUGUGGAAAGAGCUUCAGCACAAGGAAAGAUCUUACUGUACACCAUAGAACCCACACUGGGGAGAAACCACAUAAAUGCUUGGAGUGUGGAAAGAGCUUCAGCACAAGGAAAGAUCUUACUGUACACCAUAGAACCCACACUGGGGAGAAACCAUAUGAAUGCUUGGAGUGUGGAAAGAGCUUCAGCCAGAAAGCACAUCUUACUGUACACCAUAGAACCCACACCGGGGAGAAGCCACAUAAAUGCUUGGAGUGUGGAAAGGGCUUCACCACGAGUGGUGAUCUUACUUUACACCAUAGAACCCACACUGGAGUGAAGCCCCAUAAAUGCCUGGAGUGUGGAAAGAGCUUCAUUCAUAGUGGAGUUCUGAAUAAGCACCAUAGAACACACACUGGGGAGAAACCAUAUAAAUGCUUGGAGUGUGGAAAGAGCUUCAGCACAAGUGGAGCUCUUACUUUACACCAUAGAAACCACACUGGGGAAAAACCCUACAAAUGUUUGGAGUGUGGAAAGAGCUUCAGUCACAGUGCACAACUUAAUAAACACCAUAAAACCCACACUGGGGAAAAACCAUAUCAGUGCUUGGAGUGUGGAAAGAACUUCAGCAGGAGUGACGAACUGUCUGUACAUCAUAGAAUCCACACUGGGGAAAAACCCUAUAAAUGCUUGGAGUGUGGAAAGAACUUCCGCCAGAGUGGACAGCUUACACGUCAUCACAGAACCCACACUGGGGAGAAACCCUAUGAAUGUUUAGAGUGUGGAAAGAGCUUCUGCACGAGUGGAGAACGUACUAUACAUCAUAGAAGCCACACUGGGGGGAAACCUCAUAAAUGCUUAGUGUAGAAAUUCCAACAUCCCACUGCCCGAAUAAGGGACGUGAGGCAGGGAGUAGGCCAGAGUUAUUGGGAGCCUGAGUGCUGUAGAUGUUUUUACCACUUUCAACCUAAACUGCAGUAUAACUUACAACUUAGAUUGCUUCUCCUCUGCUUAUUGAUGUAACCUGCUGUAAUAUAAUUUUGUUUUCUGGAAAGGGAAGCACUUUAAAAGCACUUUUCUAGAAAGAGAAGCACUGUAAAAAUAUGUCUCACACAUGAGCACUAUCUAAUAGUCAUCGCUUGCAUGAUUUUCAUGAUCCAGAUACAUGGAUACUGCUUAUCUAGCAAAUCACUGAUGGCUGUUUUAUGUAAAUCUUUUUUGUUAAUGUUCCCAAUAUGGGGCAGUUGGCAACCCUAGGCCAGCAGCCCAUGCCCUCUGAAAGGGAGUGUGAUGGUUGGAGCAGCACCAGAGCUGUCAAAUAUUAUUUAUUUAUAUUUACAUAAAUAUAUUAUAUUUAUAUUUACAUUUUAUAUCCCGUUCUUCCUCCAAGGAGCCCAGAGCAGUGUACUUUUGAAGCCCAAGGAACUGCCCUCCAGGUGGGAUUCAUGAGAGAGGGGCUUUAGAAUGAAGCAGAGAGUGGCAUAAACCAGCGGUAUAAAAAUAUGUUAAAUAAAUAAAUAAAUAAAUAUUGAUGCUCCGUCUGUGAGAUUUGGGUCUCUUGGUGAAGGCCAUUACUUUAGUGUUUUGGUAGUUAAUUAGCAAAUGGUCUUCUAAACAGAAUGGGGAAAGUGCCUUUAGUGCCCUCUUAAGGCACUAAAGUGUAAAAAGUGUCAAAGAUAAAAUCUCUACAUCAUCAGUGUAAAGAAGUAUAGAGAACUGCUUACUAUUUUGACACUGUAAAGUGUCAAAGAUAAAAUCACUACAUCAUCAGCGUAAAUUUUGACACUGUAAAGUGUCAAAGAUAAAAUCACUACAUCAUCAGCGUAAAUUUUGACACUGUAAAGUGUCAAAGAUAAAAUCACUACAUCAUCAGCGUAAAUUUUGACACUGUAAAGUGUCAAAGAUAAAAUCACUACAUCAUCAGCGUAAAUUUUGACACUGUAAAGUGUCAAAGAUAAAAUCACUACAUCAUCAGCGUAAAUUUUAACACUGUAAAGUGUCAAAGAUAAAAUCACUACAUCAUCAGCGUAAAUCUUGACACUGUAAAAUGUCAAAGAUAAAAUCACUACAUCAUCAGCGUAAAGAAAUAUAGAGAUCUGCCUACUCGCUAUCGUGUGUGUGUGUGUGUGUGUGUGUGUGUGUGUGUGUGUGCGUGCAUGUUUACCCUGUUCAGAUAUUUAACAAGUGAGUUAAUAUAGAAGUUGAAUAACAGGUGGGCUAAAACACAUCCUUGCUUAACAUCAGUGCCUCUAGGAACUGAGUUAGAUAAAUCACAGUUGGGAUUAUGUCUUACAUGAAGAGAUGCAUUGCUGUAUAAUUUAUGAAACAAAAAUAACAGACGUUUGUCAAUUGAGGAUGCAUUAAGCUUUGAACAUAACAGAUCUCUCGGGACAGAGUCAAAAGCAAAUUUGAAAUCAGUAAAAGCAGCAUAUAAUGAGGAACCAUGUUUACUGCCAUAUUUUUUUCCAUAUUUUUUCCAAGGAGUUGGCAAGUACCAAGCUUUGAUCUAUUACAGAGAGGCCAGCUCAAAUUCCAGCCUGCUCCUCAGCCAAGAUUGAUUCCUGUUCCAGCCAAUCUUAAAGCUUCAAUUGCAGGUGUUUAGCAUAAAGUUUGCUGAUAAUGCUCAAUAGACUUAUAGGCCUAUAGUUCCCCGGGUCAUCCUUCCUCCCCUUUUAAAAAAUAGGGACAAUUAUAGCAAGACCCCAAUCUUCACGUAUUUCAGCAGCUUUGUCUAUGUGUGUGAAAAGGGAUGCCAGAACGGGGCCCUCCAAUCAACAUUGGUCUUCAUUAGCUAUGUUGCCCAAUUUCAGUUGGGGAUCUACAGACAGGAACACAGGAAGUUGCCAUAUACUGAGUCAGACCCUUGGUCCAUCUAGCUCAGUACUGUCUACACAGAAGUUUGACAACUGAAGUCUGAAACAUUGUUAUAGAAACCAUUAUGCUUGUAUAGCUCUGCUUUGGCAGAGAGACACCUCUAAGCUACUGUACAUAAAUAAACUUAACUUUGUUUUGUGUUAAAGUUCA